AUGCAGAUUUGGUCCAACCCCGAGCUUGCCUACGAAGAACAUCAAGCGCAUGAUAAUAUUUGCAAAUUCCUUGAAAGCCAAGGCUUCACAGUAACCCGACAUGCUUACGGCGUGGAUACCAGCUUCGAAUGCAUCAGUGGCACAGAAGGCCGCCUAGUCAACUUCAAUGCGGAAUACGAUGCCUUGCCUGACAUUGGACAUGCCUGUGGGCACAACCUCAUUGCUACCAGCAGUAUUGCAGCAUUCUUGGCAUUAAGCCAUCUGCAAAAAGAGUUUGGGAUUGGCGGUCGUAUUCAGUUGCUAGGUACACCUGCAGAAGAGAACGGUGGAGGCAAGGCCAAAUUGCUCGAUGCUGGGGCUUACAAGGAAGUUGAUGUGUCUUUAAUGGCUCAUGGUGGGCCAAAAAAGAUGGUGGGAACACCCUCUGACGGUGUUGCUGGAGUCCUGAUGAAUGCCCGCAAGGAGCUUUGGGUGGAGUAUUACGGGAAAAAUGCACACGCGGGGGGAAAUCCGUGGGAAGGUGUCAAUGCACUAGAUGCACUGGUGAUGGCAUAUAACGGAGUCUCUACGUUGAGGCAGCACAUCCUGCCUGAUGAACGAAUCCACGGUGCAUUCUUGGAUGUGCCAAAGGUCGCCAACAUCAUUCCAGCAUAUACCAAGUCUUACUGGCAGGUCAGAAGCCCGACUUUGGAGGGGCUGAAUAAACUUAUGACGAAAGUUCGCCGUUGCAUGGAAGGCGCGGCUACCACCAGCGGUUGUACAGUGAAAAUUGAAGAAGAGGGACUUUACACUGAUAUAGUCUUAAAUGAUACACUUUGCGAGCGAUAUGCCACGCACAUGGAAGGCUAUGGGAAGACCAUCAUUACCAAGUACGACAAAGUCUUGACCGGCUCCUCUGAUGUUGGAAAUGUUAGCUAUGCUGUUCCGACACUUCAUUCAACAUUCGCCAUCCCCACACCCGAAGGCUCUUACCCACAUCAUCCUUCCUUCACUGCUUGUGCCGGUACCGAUGAAGCACACCAAGAAGCUAUUACUGUUGGCAAGGGCCUGUCUCUUCUAGGCUGGGACAUGCUGACCAAUGAUAAGCUCUUCAAUGCCGCCAAGUCUCAGUGGGACGGUCAAAUGCCUAGUAAGAUCGAAAAUUGA